AGAGAGCGCGCGCGCGAGAGAGAGAGAGAUGGGGGACGGUCACCGGCGGACCCGGACACUCGGGAGUCUCACGACCAAGUCCCGGGUCUCCAAGGAGACGAAGCUCCGAUUGCGCGUGGUCUUUCUGGAUGACAGCGAGCGCACGUUCGAGGUGGAGCAAAAGGUUUUAGGAGGAGACUUCUUCAACAAAGUGUGUGGUCAUCUGAAGCUGCUGGAGAAAGAGUACUUUGGACUGGAGUUCAGACACCACGGCGGCAGCUACGUGUGGUUGGAGCUGCUGAAGCCUCUGGCCAAACAGAUUACAUACACCAGCGAUCUGUUCUUCCGGUUUAUAGUAAAGUUCUUUCCACCAGAUCCUGGACAACUUAAGAGAAGCCUCACCAGAUAUCUUUUUGCCUUACAGAUAAAGCAGGACUUGUCCAACGGCAGUCUGACCUGUAAUGACAACAGCGCCGCCCUGCUGGUCUCUCACAUUCUGCAGUGUAAAGCUAGGGACUACGACGAGGAGCUGGACUGUCAACAUCUAGAGAUGAAGCAGUACGUCCCCAACCAGGAAUAUCUAGACCACAAGAUCAUGAAGCUUCACAGGAAACACAGAGGUAUGUCUCCUGGCGAGUCGGACAUUCAACUACUGGAGGUGGCGAGGAAGCUGGACAUGUACAGCAUCCGGCCUCACCCCGCUCACGACGGGGAGGGAAUGAGGAUCAACCUGGCUGUGACACACUCUGGAGUACUGGUCUUUCAGGGAAACACCAAAAUCAACACGUUCAGCUGGGCGAAGAUCCGCAAGCUGAGCUUCAAGCGCAAACAUUUCCUCAUCAAACUACACGACAAAGUUGGGCCGUCGUGUAAGGACACACUAGAGUUCUGCAUGGCCAGUCGAGAUGUGUGUAAGUCCUUCUGGAAGAUGUGUGUAGAGUACCACGCCUUCUUCAGGCUGGCAGAGGAACCGAAGACAAUACAAAAAAAACUGCUCUCCUGUAAAGGCUCCAGGUUUAGAUACAGCGGACGGACGCAGAAGCAGCUGCUGGAGUGUAUGGGAUCAGGGGAGAAGAAGCCUUCGCACUUUGAGAGAAUCUACUGUCAGUCAGACGGCGAUCGACAGUGCCGCUCCUCCCCCGAUCUCCUCACGGACGUCUCCAAAGAGAUGUACGACCACUCCCACCUGUUCACCCGGUCAGGCCACGCCUCGGCGGUCUCCAGUCAGGAUGAGAUGGAGCCUCAUCCUCGAGGCGCGGACGACGCCGAAAUCUGUGGAGGGGCUAAACGUAGCCAAUCAUCCGUCACUUCUCUCUCUCAAUCAUAUCUACACCAAUCAAGCCCCUCGCCCAAGAUAAGAUCUGCCUCCAUAUCCGUGAUGGAGGACAUGAGGGGCGGACGGAUCGGGAUGCAACGCCAAGCCCAAAGGCUAGCCGGUGUCUAUGGAAACCGUUCACGGCGUCGGCCCAAUCCUCAGCCACACCCCGACGCCGCUCAGCAGCUGGUUCUUCUCUACCCAAACAGCCCUGCCUACCAGUAUCACCCAAUCCUCCCAACGUUCCCAUUAGCGGGUUCCACGCCUCUAAACCGACACCCCUACCUGACGGACUACGUUGCUGUUUCCUCACUGGAGCGGUUCCCGCAGGCGAGGAGGCAGGAUUAUGUGAGGAUGGAUGGCAUAUCGCGGACACCUUUCUAUCCACUGAGAUACGAUUCGCCACCAAUCUCGCCAAUGAGGAGGAACCUCCACCCCACCGGAUCAGGCGGGCAUGGAUUGGCUCGGGUCUACCAGCCUGGAAGCAACGGUGCGAGGCUCCUGGGCGUUGGACAUACGGAGGCGGGGCAUUACAGCGAUGACUCCAACUUCCUCCCGGGGCUCCCUCGCCGCGUUGCUAGCCAACCAAAUGUCAAGUUUAACCUCUCAAGGAGUUCUAACCCCGCCUUUAACCCCGCCUCGGAGUUCCGUCCCCUUGGUUACUACCCCCACCUGACACGCCCCUCCAGACCCACCUACCUCCCUCUAAACUCCUCCCCUCUGCCCAAUCGACCCACCUCGCUAUGCAUGAUCGGAGGCACCGCAAGAAGCUACAGCGACUCAGACCCGGAGGUUUUCUAUCCAUAUUACUGCCCACCACCCCCGAAGGGGAAAUUGGUACGGUCCGCUGGACUAGCCAGGAUGAGGUUCUCCUCCGGGAGCCUCCAAUUGGACGAGGAGGAGGAGGAGGAAGAAGAAGAAGAGGAUGCAGUAGCGACGGAGAAAGCAAAAAAUUUGUUGAAAGGCGAAGAAGAGAAGAAAGAAAAGACAGGAGGAGAUGGGACUAAAGGUGCUGCAAAGAUUACUGAAGUCACAUUGUGAAAACUGGCAGGAUGGAUUUUAAAAUUUAAAAAAAACA